CUUAUACAACAAAGAAGCCAUGUUCGGAUUCAUCACCAACCCCUCCUCCAUCACCUUCAACCCCACUACCUCCAAAUACUCCGUCAUCUUCGCCGGAAAAACCAUUGAAACAACCCUAACCGACAAGGCAGCUAUUGCAGACGAAUGGGUACGUGAAAUUCUCUCCAUACAUGCCGGAAAGCCCAUGGUGGUCGGCCUAGACAUCGAGUGGCGGCCUCACCCGAUCCGAUCAAUGAGCAACAAGUCCGCCACGCUCCAACUCUGCAUCGACAACAAGUGCCUGAUUCUUCAGCUGUUCUACAUGGACGAAAUCCCGGAGUCCCUCAAGAGCUUCCUCGCAGACUCCAACUUCACUUAUGUGGGGAUUGAGGUACGUGACGAUAUUGCGAAGCUGAAGAAUGAAUAUGGGCUAGACUGCAGCCGCAGCGCCGACAUUAGGGACCUUGCCAUGCAGCGGUGGCCGGGGAGGUUCCGGCGGCCGGGACUGAAGGACCUGGCAUGGGAAGUAACGAACCUGCCCAUGAAAAAGCCCAAGCAUGUGAGCAUGAGUAACUGGGAGACCAGGGUUCUCAGUGAAAAUCAGAUUGAGUACGCUUGCAUUGAUGCUUAUGCUUCUUACAAGAUUGGCCACAAGCUGAUCAUAGAAAAAUAAGAUGCUUUUCUCUUAGGAAUUGUGUUUGUCUUCCUGCCCUGCAAUAGCUAGGGUUUUGUGUUUGUACUGGGUGGUUACUAGGGUUUUGUGUUGGUAGAAGGUGGCUGUAUUUUCCUUUUCUUUUUUUGGGUUUGCUUGUUGUGGGUUUGUUUUUAAUUUUGUGUAAUGGGUGUAUUAAGAAGUUUUUAAUUUUGUGUUAUGAAGGUAAUGGGUAUAUUAAGAAGUCUUUCUUUGCUUCCUUCU